ACCUUCACAGUUCACAAGUACUAUUCUAGUAUUCUUCACUCUCUUUCCCUUAUUUCUCGUUGCCUAUUCCAACUCUUCUUCUUCUUCGAUUUAUCUUCUCUCCCUGCCACUCAAAACCACUGUGCCAUCUUCAUCUCCUUCAACAAAUAACUCUCAUAUAAAACAGAUACCUUCACUGCUGCUUGCAAGCCUCGCCUUCCAACAAAAGCCUGUUUAUUCUCUGGAAAACUUUCAAUAUCUCCCAUUUUCAGUAGAUGGCAUUGGAAACAGCUACUCCAAGUGCCCAAGUUGUUGGAAAUGCUUUUGUUGAGCAGUAUUAUCACAUUCUUUAUAAUUCUCCGGAGUUGGCUCACAGAUUCUAUCAUGAUUCAAGUGUGCUUAGCCGGCCGGACUCCAAUGGCGUGAUGACAUCAGUGACAACAAUGCAAGGUAUUAAUGAAAAGAUUCUCUCCUUGGAUUACAAAAAUUGUAAGGCUGAGAUUAAUACUGCUGAUGCUCAGAAAUCUUACAAGGAAGGGGUAACUGUGCUAGUAACCGGAUAUCUAAUGGGCAAGGAUAACUUGAAGAGAAAUUUUGCGCAAUCUUUUUUCCUUGCUCCCCAGGACAAUGGGUACUUUGUUCUAAAUGAUGUAUUUAGAUAUGUAGAGGAUGGUGAAUCCUUGGAGAAUCAGAAAGUUAAUGGUGUUUAUGAUGCUCCUGGAGUGCCUUCUUCAGCAGAACAUGAGCCUACUCAAGGUAUGGAUCCUUCUGCAACAGAUGCAACUGCUGCUCUUGUGGAAGAGAAUCAAAAUGUUGCCGAGCAAGUUUCUGAGCAAUUAGACCAGGAAAGACAGUUGGAGUUGGUCAAUGAAAAAGAGACUCUUUCAGUAUCCCAGUCUCAUUCAGAAAAUAAUGAUAUUCCAGUAGUUGAAUCGGCUUCUUCAGCCCAAGAAGAUACUCCAAAGAAAUCUUAUGCGUCAAUUGUAAAAGUACCAAAAGGGAGUUCGGGGCCUACUAGAGUCUAUGUCCCUACUAAUUCCUCUAGAGUGAUGCCCCAGAAAACUGAGAGCCAGCCUCCUGUGUCUCCAGCACCUGCACCACCAGAAGCAUCUGCACCUUCUAGCAUCGAUGCCCCUGAGAGUAACGAAAUUCCUGAGAAAGUUGAGGGUCAUUCCAUUUACAUAAAGAACUUGCCCUUCAAUGUGAUCCCUGCACAGCUGGAGCAGGAGUUCAAGAAGUUUGGACCCAUCAAGCAAGGGGGUGUCCAAGUUAGAAACAAUAAGCAACAGGGAUACUGUUUUGGUUUCGUUGAAUUUCUAUCUUGGAGCUCCAUGAAUGAUGCAAUUCAGGCAUCACCAAUUACAAUCGGAGACCGUCAAGCUGUUGUCGAGAUAAAGAGAACUUCAACCAGAGUUGGAAGUGAAACAGGUAGUUUCCCAACCAGAAGAGGAGGGUUUCGAAGUGACAGCUUCAGGGGCCGUGGAAACUAUGUAGUUAACCGAAGCUUUGUGAGAAACGAUUAUGGAAACCAUGGUGAAUUUCCUGGUCGGCCGAGAGGUUCAGCUUGGCGUGGAAGGGGUGGUCGUUCAAGUGGAGCGAAGCAGACUCCUUCGAAUUCAAACCCGGUCUAAUAAAACUCGUAUUACUUGGCAGAAGAACCUUGAGGAUGAGGUUAGUACUCAACAUUUAGGACAUAUUCAAGUUGCUGACUUUGAUUGUAGGUGUCGAAUGUUAAUGAGGGAGAUGAAAGACAGCGGCGUAGCUUAGAGAAUUUUGUGUAGGGCAUCACAAACUUGAACCUCAUCCUCAAGAUUUGAUUAUUUGAUUAUCAUUUUACUUUUGAUG